GACAAUGGGGAACAAGGAAGGAAAGGAAGAGAGAUGUUGCAGUAUCCAUCGUUCAUGUUACAGUAUCCAUGCUCUACUCGCAUCAUUCCGACGUCGUUUUUGCUGCCUGCUCAGUGGCCCCAACCUCAGAGUGACGAACUCCUCCUUGCCAUGGAGGAAUCUGAUUUUGAAGAAAAGUGUAAUGAAAUCAGAAAGAUGAACAGCAACUUAGUUGUAAUUGGGAAGACGAACAUAGACAAUGAUAAAGAAGACUUUGACAAUGAAGCAGAGGAUGAUGAUGCAGACAAUGGCGAUGAGUCAGAGGGUGAUGACUUUGAGCAGGAAACUGGUUGACAUGCCUCGAUUGGUUUCCUAUAUCUUAAUGUGCAGUGUAUCUAUGGUGUGCUUGGCAGUUCAUGGUUCUAAAAUUUGCUGAACAGUAUUUAGAUAUUGCUUUGUGCAAGUGUUUUGUAGCCAAGGAAGGACGGUUGGCAACUUGGCAUUUCCCCAAUAGGAACGGCGAAAAGCCUUCGGGCUUUCUGUAAGAAGAAUCAUAUAUGAAUAACUUGAUGUUUUUUAUGUA